AAUAGGGAGGCGAUGGCAUCGUCAUUCACCGGAACUCAGGAUAAAUGCAAGGCCUGCGACAAGACUGUUUAUUUCAUCGAUCUCUUGUCUGCUGAUGGCGCCAACUACCACAAAGCAUGCUUCAAAUGCAGCCACUGCAAAGGCACCCUUGUUAUGAGCAACUACUCCUCCAUGGAUGGCGUGCUCUACUGCAAGACUCAUUUCGAACAGCUUUUUAAGGAGUCUGGAAAUUUCAGCAAGAAUUUCCAAACUGCAGGAAAAGGAGAGAAGGAAAACUCACUUACAAGGGCACCCAGCAAGAUGUCUGCCAUGUUCUCUGGUACCCAAGACAAAUGUGCUGCCUGCACCAAGACUGUCUACCCUCUUGAUAAGAUGGCAAUGGAGGAACAAAUAUACCACAAGUCAUGCUUCAAAUGUGCCCAUGGGGGGUGCCUCUUGACCCACUCCAACUAUGCAGCCCUAGAUGGGGUGCUCUACUGCAAGAACCAUUUCCAGCAGCUCUUCUUGGAGAAGGGAAAUUACCAGCAUGUCAUUGAUUCCACCGCCCACAAGAAGACCGCCAGUAUGGAGGGCAUCGACGUCAACGCUCUGGUCGAAGAAGGCGAGCCUGCAGAGGAGGACGACAAGCCUGCCGAUGACCCUGAUCCGACACCUGCCCCUGACGCAGACGAGGACAAACCUGCAGACGCCGCCGACGAUGACGCUGACAAGCCUAAAGAGGAGGAAGAAUCCUAGAUGAGGAGAUAUGCAUAUACAUAGUCCAAUUGAUGUUAUGAGUUUUUUUUUUUGUUUUUUCUUUUUUGCUUCUGGCACUAUAUAUGACGUAUAAAUGUUGUUCCUUUUUUGUGUGUGUUAUACAGUACCAGAGAUAACAAGUUGUACACCUCAAUAAUAUAGUAUAUUCUUCAAUUUAACUAAUUUAA